UUUCAAAGAUAUAUUUAAACGCCCUAUCCCAAAAACCCUAUCAACCUGCGCCGUCGUUCACCUCUGACGUUGUUUACCGUUUCUCUUGAGAUUCCCAGAGAAUACAAAGAAGUCUUCGUCGAAGACAGAUUCAUCAUCGGUGCCGUGAGCCCGUACUUGGGGAUCGUUUCGUCGUCGACGAUCCCAGCGAUAUCAGAUCCAAUCCCCAAGUGCGAAUGAUCACCGGAUCCUCCGAGAGUCCCGAUUUCUCCUUGUAAUCCUUAUUCAUCAUCUCCAGCUCUCGCUGCCGAGCUUCUCUCUUGGCUUCGCGUGCUCUUUCUUUAGGGGUUAGGUAUCGGACGGGCGCGCUGCUCGAGCCUGUCUUCUCGCUCGAACGGUUUUUUGGCUACCACUCCGCCGCUCUUAGAAUUGGGUUGGGCCUUUUCGCCUCCACAAAAAGGCGAAAACAUCCCUCCUAUUGCUCUGCUGCUACUCCAUUGCGACUGACAGCGAAAGAUGAGGCUGCUAACUCAUAACAUGCUCUCCUCCAACAUCAAAGGCGUGGCCAACGGCUUUCCUCUCGGCAUCGAGGUGGAGAAGGUGAUAGAGAAGCAGGUGGAGUUAAGCGCAGACUUCCUACGAAAUCUGUUUCCGAAGAUCGAGUGGAAGGCCCUCGUUGACGCCGCCAGAACCAUGGGCUACGCCGAGCUCCCAGAGGAGGUCGACUCGUCCAUGCUCGACUCCAACGAAUUCUUGACCAAGUUCCACCACGCCCUCCUGGAGCUCCACCUCGAGGAGGGCGCUCUCGUUUGUCCCGAGACCGGUCGCCGCUUCCCCGUCACUAAGGGCAUCCCCAAUAUGCUCCUUCACGAAGACGAGGUCUGAAUCUGAUAAUAUUAUUAUUUACUGGCUCUCAGAUAUUAUUAAUUUGGUAUUGGUCUUUCUACCUAGUCGAGAAGCAACUUAGGGUUUUUGGGUAAUUAAAUCAAGUGCUUAUUUGAGAACCUCAAAUAAGAGGCUUUUGUUUUUGUUGGAGCGAAUGGAAAUUAAAGUUAUCCUCUUCUUCA